UUCAGAGAAGCAAGUGACCUCUCCCGCCAAAAUCAAAUGAGGCGAAGAAGAGGCACUUAUGGAGUUUCAAGGUUUCGCGCCAAAAAGCUAGAUUUUUCAGUGUUCCAGGGCUUUUCUUUGGCUACCGCUUCUUCGUUGCCGAAUCGCUUUCAGUCGCUCGCGGAGCCUAACUUGGAGCUUCAUUUAUCGCCGUCAACUCCAUUUUCAACAGAUAGAGAGAAAGAUUCCUCAACAUCACAACCACAGGAAUGUGCUAAAGGAGAUAAUUGUACUCUAGAACAUUAUAAACAAUGCGGCUGCAAGCAAACAAAGUGCUUAAAGUUGUACUGUGAAUGCUUUGCUUCUGGAAUCUACUGCAAUGGGUGCAAAUGUGUUGAUUGUCACAACAAUAUUGAAAAUGAGUCCGAGAGGCGUGCAACUGUAAAAAAUAUUUUAGAGCGCAACCCAAAUGCUUUCAAGCCUAAGCUGACUAACAACUCACCUAUUACCAAGGAAAGUCCAUUAGCAGCACAGCACAAAAGGAGAUGUCAAUGUAAGAAAACCUGCUGCUUAAAGAGAUACUGUGAGUGCUUCCAGGCCAACAUGCUCUGCUCUGAAAGUUGUAAGUGCUUGGACUGCAAGAAUUACGAAGGGUCUGAGGAGAAGUUGGCACUUUCCCCUGUGGUCCAACUUUAUACGGAAACCGGUGUGAGGGAGGCGAAUAUUGCAGCAUUUGCUGCCAUACUGCCUUUUGGCUCAAAUAAGAAGAAUACCUUGACCCAGGUGAAUCCUCUUAUAACUUCUGGUUCACCAUCUGCCUUGUCCUUUGCUCCUCGCAGAUACAGAUCGGUGUUUGCGGAUGUCAUUAGUCCGGAAUCCAUAAGGCACUUCUGCUCAAAUUUGGUGGCAGUGUCAAAUAAGCAAGCAUUGAAAGAAAACCAUAGAGUGACUGUCUGCCGAUUGGAGGACAAGGAAAACUUCCCGUACCUGCCAGAUGUUGAGGAACUUAUUCUUGAUGAUCAUUUGAAUCAAAAUGGUGUCAACGCAGAGUUUCUCAAAUCCACACAUGUCAAUGGAAUGAACGGAAUGCUGCUAUCUCCUGGAGUAGAUGCGCUAUGUGAUGAGAAAGUAAACAUGUUGGGACACCUAGAGCAUAACGCAAACGUCUAUAUGGAGCAGGAGAGGCUUGUCUUGAUAAACUUCCAGGAUUUCCUUAAGAAGAUCAUCACCUGCAGAAACGUGAAAGCUGAAGCUUCAACGGAGGACGAAUGUGAACACGUAGGCAGCAGAAUUUUGGAAGGCAAAAAUGAGCACGCGCAUGUUAAAAGCACAAUGUUCCGGUGAUGAUA